UUCGUUUACAUAUAAACUCAAGGUUCUCGGCUCUAGUCACACCAUUUAUUUCAAAGUAAGGAAUACUACAUAUGUAUCUCUCCCUUUCCUACAGUGACACCGGAACUAAAUAAAACCUUGAACCCUUCUUCACCUUAGGUAAUUGGCAAGAUGGGUUUUAAGGAGUUCCUAAAGAGGCGGUCACUUAGGGCCAAAGAUGACAAGCGCACUCGAGCAGCCGAACUUACUCUUAGAGAAUCCUUAUAUCCUAUUUGUCUCGUCACGGUUCUCUUUUUCCUCUGGGGAUUUAGUUAUGGCUUGCUCGACACGUUAAACAAGCACUUUCAAAACACGCUUAAUAUCACUAAAUCACGAUCCUCUGGUCUUCAAGCCGCAUACUUCGGGGCAUAUCCUCUUGCUUCCCUCGGUCAUGCCAAUUGGAUCUUACGCCAUUAUGGUUAUCGAGCCACUUUCAUAUGGGGUCUUUGUCUUUAUGGUAUCGGUGCGCUAAUUGCUUGGCCAUGCAUUCUUGCGAAAUCGUUCGCUGGAUUUUGUAUGGCCAUCUUUGUCAUUGGUAAUGGCCUGGGCUCUCUGGAAACAGCAGCUAACCCGUACAUCACCGUUUGUGGUCCACCUCGAUAUGCAGAAAUCCGUAUCAACAUUUCUCAAGCCUUCAAUGGUAUAGGCACCGUUGUAGCGCCUGUAUUGGGUUCCUACGUUUUCUUCGCAUUCGACGACGCGACAGCCCUUCGUAACGUACAAUGGGUUUACCUAGCGAUUGCGAUCUUCGUUUUUAUACUCGCAUUCGUCUUCUUCCUUUCCGUUAUUCCCGAAAUUACCGAUGCCGAUAUGGCCUUCCAGGCGACUGAGACGCACGCUAAUGCCGACGACAAGCCGUUCUGGAAACAAUAUCGCCUCUUCCAUGCUGCUUUCGCCCAAUUUUGUUAUACCGGUGCUCAAAUUGCGAUCGCUAGUUAUUUCAUCAACUAUGUUCGCGACACACAAUCCAAGGCCGACGAUUCUACUGCUUCGCGUCUUCUCGCCGGCGCUCAGGGCGGUUUCGCUUUAGGUCGUUUUAUCGGUUCGUUCGUUAUGAAAUACGUACGUCCUCGUAAAGUGUUCUUGGUAUUCUUAACGUGUUGUAUCAUCUUCAUCGCACCAUCCAUCACACAACGUGGCUGGACGGGUAUGUCGAUGUUAUACGUGACACUUUUCUUCGAAUCCAUUUGUUUCCCGACUAUUGUCGCACUCGGUAUGCGCGGACUUGGCCGUCACACGAAGAGAGGCUCUGGUUGGAUUGUAGCAGGUGUUAUGGGUGGCGCUUGUGUUCCCCCAUUGACGGGUGUUGCCGCCGAUGCCCACCAAACCGCUUUGGCCAUGGUCGUACCAUUGUGCUUUUUCGUCGCGGCCCUCUCUUAUGCCGGUGCUGUCAACUUUAUACCCGCCUAUCGCGAUCCUGCCGAUGCGUUUUCGACUACCGAAGUGGGACUUAGGGGUCACCACACGGGUGUCGACGAAGAAGGCGGUGAAGUCGGCGUGGUUAGUGCAAUUGGCGACGAGAAAGCCGCCCAAGCUGAGGUUGAAUCGAAGUAAAUUGUUUGUUAUCUAGUCGAGAUGUUUAAUGGAUGUCAUAUACCCCUAAGAGCUAUUGUGUAUGGAAUUGAGGAAGGAUUAGUUACAAUCACCGUUUUGCUCUUUACGAGAUUUCGCUAGAUACGUGAACCUUCUACAUCGGAUCUACGAGUUAUCAUUUCAUACAUGCAUUCGAAUUCAGUACUCAAGUAUUGACCUGAUAAAACAAAGCCCAGC